AUGGGCCGACACGCCAAUCCAGACAUAAGGCGCGCCUUUGUAAGAUACACCAGUGAUAGCAUCUGGAAGCAUACGCGACCCAUGCUGACGUCCGAAUACCAGGCCGAAUUUCAAGACCAAGACACGCCUUCCAAAUGUAACAAGGUGCGCUGCCUCCAUUGCGGCUUCGUGCGCGCGAAGAACACGACGCGCCAGAUCGAGCAUCUUCAAGAAUGCCAGUCCUACCUUGCCUCGCCGGACGCGCAGGCACAUAUGGCCCAGAUGCAGCAACAGCAACAGCAACAGCAGAGUGCAGAAGCUAUCGAUACCACCAUGUCGCAGGCCCCCAGCCAGAUACUGAAUGGACAGGCGCCGAAUCCGAAUCUACAGGUCCACCGGCGCGGUCCUAACACGAAGCGCACGAGGGACGGCAAGCCCAUUGCGCCGAAUCUGCCUAUGCCGCCGCACCAGGCGCCGAGCUUGACUGCACAUUUGCUUGCGACGUGUUCGCAUCCGUUCACGCAGGCGACGCAGCAGCCAUUCUUAUCACAUGCGGGUUGCGGAUCCCUGGCUGCUGGCCCGCUGUCGCAAUGGCUGGUGCAGGACGGGCAUUAUUCACGGGGCUACAUACGGUUCGUAGGACAGCUGCUGGCCAAGAUACGGUUACCGCAGACGCAGAACUCGCAGUUCCAUCCCAUGUACAGGACGAUGGACCUGCUGAUAUCGGCCCUCAACAACAUGCGACGCGAGAUGCAGUUCUUUGAAAUCACAGCAACCAAAUAUGGCCUCGUCCUCGGACAAGAAGGACCGACGCCCAUUACGCGGGCGCUCCUCGACCUUUUUGUGAGCGCCAGUAGUUCGAGUGCGAGUCUGCUUGAAGGCAUGGUAGUGUUAUGGGGAACCGAGCACUGCUACCGUUCCGCCUGGCAAUAUGCCUCCUCGUUCAGCACCUCCAUGUCCACUCCAUCUGCCGACUCGCACAUUGUUGCCCUCCACCAAGCCCUCAUUCCCAACUGGACUUCACCCGCCUUCUCAAAGUUUGUCGAUGCAACACGCGCGCUUGUAGAUGAACUUGCGAACAUCACAACUACGCGCGACGGCAAAGAAGAGAUGGUGCGCUGCGAGGAGAUCUUCCGACAGAUCUGCUGGCUGGAAGAGCGCUUCUGGCCCGAUGUCAAUGGCAUGGGCGAGGAAACCGAGACUGCAAGGCUUGGCCCGCAAAAUGGCAUAGGAACUAUGGACAACGCAACUUUCAACGGACCCAUCAGCCAAAACAUGAACGGCCCAAUGGGCAGCAGCACUAUGGGCAGCCAGAUGACCGGUCCUAUGAAUCCCAACGGCAUGAACAACUCCAUGGCAAAUGCGAUCAACAACGGACCCAGCAUGAAUGGUGCUAUGAACGGUGGCAUGCACAACUCACGAAUCAACGGCAGUGAUAGCGAUAGCACUCCCGGACCCAACAGUAACAAUGGCUUCACUCAGAUGUCCCAAAUAGCGCAAGGCUCGUAG